AUGGGACACAACUUAGUCGGUCUCGAAAACCCUGGAAGAGUUUUAUCCGGAUUCAACGGGGCAUCAACUAUUUCGUUGGGAGACAUUGUGCUGCCAGUCCAAGCUGGCCCAGUCACUCUCAACGUUCAAUUUUCGGUAGUACAAGAUCUAUCACCCUUCAAUGUUAUCUUGGGACGCAUAUGGCUACACUGUAUGAAGGCCAUCCCCUCCACAUAUCAUCAGAUGGUAAGCUUUCUCACUGAAGAUGGGCAAAUCAACCUAUACGGCAGCCAACUAGCCGCUCGCCAAUGCUACCAGAUACCAAGAGAAGCAGGGACCAGUCGGGAGAAUGAACCCUCCCCGAGUCCACCCAUGCACUCGACCAAUAGCAGUCAUUGUGUCCGGCGGACAGAGAUCCCCGAAACCCAGAACAUCCAAGACGUCCUCCGACAAAACCAUGACGUUUUCGCAUGGGCACACUCUGAUAUGAAGGGAAUUCACCCCUCGAUAGUCUCGCAUAAGCUUAACAUUUUACCAAUGGCAAAACCCAUCCGGCAAAGGGUUAGACGUUUUCACCCGGAUAGGCAAAAAGUCAUCCGGACGGAGAUUGACAAACUGCUGGAAGCCGGAUUCAUCAAAGAAGUGGAAUAUCCAAACUGGUUGGCAAUGUAG